AUUAAAUGCGCUAUCAAAUGAUGACAGUAAAAUAUAUUAUCUUGCAUUAGGUGAUUCGUUUCCAUCAGGUGUUUCUAUUUCUGGAACUCCCCCUGGAAAUAAAACAUUUCCGGCUUAUUCUUACGUGGAUGCUUUAUAUGAUCUGUUAAAGAAGAAUAAUGCAAACCUUGAAUUUAAAAAAUUUGCGCGAGGUGGUGAACCCAGUGACGGUCUUAUUGCUAAUCAAUUAGAUAAUGUUACAAACUUUAUGAAAUCUAAUAGUGGAUUAACAAAAUUUGUUACAAUUACAACUGGAAUAAAUGAUUUUCGCAACUGUCCUAAUUCUACCAAUUUUUCUGAAUGUUUUAAAAGUAGUCUUAACAAUCUCAUGAAUAAUUUAAAUAAUACGAUAAUUCCAAGGUUGAAGGAAGCAGGAGGUGAAGGUGUACAAUACGCGG